CUUUUCCCAUGGAGCCUCGGAAAGCAGCCUCGGCUCGCCGUGAAAGCUGUCACUCUGCCCAGGAGUAAGGAAGCCGCUCCAGCAUCUCUGUGCAGCAGAGAGCGGGCAGCGGGCCGUUAAAUGUACCUGAAAACAUGGCAUUAUUUUGUUACGAAGUAGUGCAAUGAAGCAGAGGGGUCGCGACGGGACGGAUUUGCUCACUGUCGUCCGCGGACCGCCGUACGAUCGUCAGUAAGAAAUGCGAGGCAUUUUUCGCUGUUGGUGUUAAAGCAGAGAAAAAAAAAAGAUCAUGAUGAAAAAGCAAUUCAAUCGGAUGCGGCAACUCGCCAACCAAACAGUCGGCAGGGCAGAAAAAACGGAAGUGCUAAGUGAGGAUCUGCUGCAGGUAGAGAAGCGCCUGGAGCUGGUGAAGCAGGUGACCCACAGCACCCAUAAGAAGCUGACAGCCUGUCUGCAGGGUCAGCAAGGGCAGGAUGUGGACAAGCGAUCAGUGAAGUCACCCUCGAAAAAGCUGCCCCUGACGUCCCUUGCCCAGUGUCUGGUGGAGGGGGCUGCAAUUUUGGGGGAUGAGUCUCUCCUGGGGAAGAUGCUGAAGCUGUGCGGGGACACGGAAGAGAAGCUGGCGCAGGAGCUGCUGCUGUUCGAGCUGCAGAUUGAGCGGGACGUGGUGGAGCCUCUGUACAUGCUGGCCGAGGUGGAAAUCCCCAACAUUCAGAAACAGAGGAAACAUUUAGCUAAACUAGUUUUGGAUAUGGAUUCAGCCCGCACUCGGUGGCAACAGUCCUCCAAGUCCUCGGGUCACCCCAGCAACCUGCAGCAGGGCGGAGCCAAGGCCGACGCCCUCAGGGAGGAGAUGGAGGAGGCUGCCAAUCGCAUGGAGAUUUGCAGGGAUCAGGUAUCCGCAGAUAUGUACAACUUUGUGGCCAAAGAAAUAGACUAUGCAAACUACUUUCAGAUGCUAAUAGAGCUGCAGGCAGAGUACCACAGGAAGUCUCUUGAAGUCCUCCAGAGCGUCCUUCCCCAGAUUAAAGCACACCAGGAGGCCUGGGUAGAGAAGCCAUCUUUCGGGAAGUCCCUGGAAGAGCACCUGACCCUGACUGGCCGUGAGAUCGCGUUCCCCAUCGAGGCUUGCGUGACCAUGCUGCUGGAGUGCGGCUUGCAGGAAGAGGGCCUGUUCCGGGUGGCUCCCUCGGCCUCCAAGUUGAAGAAGUUGAAAGCAUCGCUGGACUGUGGCGUCUUGGAUGUGCAGGAGUACUCGGCUGACCCACACGCCAUCGCAGGGGCAUUGAAAUCCUACCUGCGUGAACUCCCGGAGCCGCUGAUGACCUUUGAACUUUACGACGAGUGGAUCUAUGCCUCCAAUAUCCAGGAUCAGGACAUAAGGCUACAAGCCUUGUUGUCGACUUGCGAGAAGCUGCCCACGGACAACGUCAACAACUUUAGGUACCUGAUCAAAUUCCUGGCCAAGCUAACUGAGUACCAGGACAUCAAUAAGAUGACGCCAGGGAAUAUAGCCAUUGUACUGGGGCCCAACCUGCUGUGGCCGCAGACCGAGGGGAACAUCACGGAGAUGAUGACCACCUUGUCACUGCAGAUCGUGGGCAUCAUUGAGCCAAUCAUCCUGCAUGCUGACUGGUUCUUCCCAGGCGACAUCGAGUUCAACCUGACAGGUAGCUAUGGCAGCCCGAUCCACACCAACCACAACUCCAACUACAGCUCGAUGCCUUCUCCUGACAUGGACCACUCCGAGCGAAGGCAGCAUGAACAGGGCCGGCGUCCGCUCAGCGUCGCCACCGACAACAUGAUGAUGGAGUUCUACAAGAAAGACGGCAUAAGGAAGAUACAAAGCAUGGGUGUCCGGGUCAUGGACACUUCAUGGGUAACCCGCAGGGGCUCCUCCACCCUGGCCCGCAAGACGUCCUCCACUCCGCCCGGCGCCCAGGGCCCCGACGCCCUCAUCCCUGAGCUGCCCGCCGAGCCGGGCGCUUCCCCUUCCCCUGCCACUGGAGACCGAGCCAGCUCGGAUGACGUGUCGUCCAAUCGGUCGGACUCCUGUUCCGCCUACCCGCCCCCAGGGGAGGCCAGGCCCCCCCCUCCUUACCCCACCUCCUGCUACCCCUCCUCAUUCCAUGUUUACCAGCGACCCCAGCCUUGUGCUCGUCCUGUCGCCCCCGGCCCUGAGUCUGUACCCCCUGGUGGCUCGCCCCCGCUCCUCCGCUGGACUGGCUACAGCCCCCCGCUGCCGCCUCCUUCCUGCUCCUCCUCUUCCUCCUCCUCCUCCUCCUCCUCCGCCUCUUCCUCCCAGCAGCUUGACAUCAACUCGAACCCUAAACCCAGCUGCUUGCACCUCCCCAAGCAGGGCUCUCUCUGCGACGCUUCGCAUGGCACCCCACCCGAGGCAAACGCCUCUUCCCUCUACAUCAAAACCCCCCUGGUCCUGACCAGACACGACCCGUCACUCGGCACCCCCCUUAACGCCCCCCCGCCUGGCCCUUCCGGCCCGCCGCCUUGGGUCAGCUGUGCCUGUGUCGGAGACAGAGGAGCCAGGCAGACUAGCUCCCUGAAGAACAAGGAGCCAUCUCCCGUGAUCGGGCACAAGGCAGUGCAAGUGUCGGGUGCUCUGGCGCCCUCUGGCUGCGGACCGCAGGGUAGCAGCCAGGCGCAGCUGACUACUGAGCAGAGUCCUCACUCCCUGCGCAAAGUGUCCAGGAAGCUGGCUCCCAUUCCACCCAAGGUGCCGUACGGCCAGACUGGGGGGGUGUCGGACCAGUCCACAGGUCAGCCGUCGCCGGUCAGCCUGUCCCCCACGCCCCCCAGCACCCCGUCCCCAUACGGACACGGCCCUAUGGCCUCACCUGGACAGGCCCCGCCCGGGGCGCCCCACGCCCUGUCGUCACCGCCCUCCCUGACGGGCACGCUCACCAAGUCCCGGCCCGCCCCCAAGCCCCGGCAGAGGCCCAGCCUGCCCCCACCCCAACCCCCGGUGGCCCCUGGGUCGGGCGGCCCCGGGUCCCAGGCUCUGGAGCCCGGCCUGCUGGACAGCAUGUCCCCCGAAGAGAGUGUGUCCACAGUCAUCCUUUCUGAUACAGCAUCUCCAUCGGACCUCUUCAGUCUGGAAAUACCUACCAUCAGUAUUGAACUUGACGGCCUCUUUGAUGAGCUCAGUGGCGCCCCCUGUGGGCGUGCUCUGACAGUGGCGGACUCGCAUGUGCCCGAGGCUGAGAACAAGGACAGAUCUGAGGACACCUCAUCAUGACAACCCCCCCACCCCCCCCAUCCACCCUUCCUGACCCCUCCCCCACCUCCACUGCACAUAAUGGACAGUCACACAAAUCAAGGCUCAUCAAAAACGCACCUGGAUCGAGAGACGGGCAUGUGGAGUCCCACACUUGUGACCUUGACUGCGGACUCGUUUCGGAACAUCGCAUGCACAGCCUCAUCCAUAACAGAUUUCCAGUCCACCGGCUGCCACGGCUGAUUCAAACAGAAGAAUUAUAAAGAGAACAAAGCAUGACUAAUUUUAUGUUUCGGGGAUUUCAGUUCAUCCCUUGUUAUAUUUAUCUGAGCCCUUUUGUGCUCGUUCAGAUUCGGUCCUUUCUGCCUUAUUUCAGUCUGCUCUUCAGUUCUGUCUCCGUUUGCCCUUUUGGCUUCUGUUAAUAUGGGCAAGAUGCAGGUUUGCUGAGGUCCAGCUGGACUGGGGGCUAAAUGCCAAGGAGCCCAGGUGGUGGCUAUGCUUUUCUAUUGCCCCCCCCCCAAUCCACACCACCCUGCCUCCCACCCCCCCGUUGCGAAUUUGGUGCCAGGACCCAAAGCUCCGUGGUACUGGGCACACUGGUCCAUCCUGUUUCUCACGGUUACAGCGUUUUUUGACGUCACCGGUGCUGUAAUUCGGGCCACUUGGUGUAAUUAAUGUUUGGGCAGAAAAUUUGGUGGGGGGGGGGAUUUGCCCAUUCAGGGUCACCUCUGAGGAAUUAACGUGUCUCCGAUUUUCCCAGUAGAGCGCAGGAGAGAAGCGCCAUCUAGUGGGGGCUCUGGGGACAUGAAUACGAAUCAUAUUUGAGGAAUGUGCUGGAGAUAGUAGGUUUGAUUAUCUGUGUCUCGAGCGCGUUUGUCUGCACAUCUUUGGAGAAGGUAGAGACUUUUUUUUUUAAAUAAUAAUGUAUAGUGGUUGCGUGUCUUUGAAUGUUCUGAGCUGAACGUCAGCGACAGUGAGCGAGGCGGCUGGUUGUUUCUCACAAGAUUUUGUGUCGAAUGUGUAAUAUGGCUGUUUUGCUAGACGAUGAAACACAGAGUGCUGCAUGCACCAGGAUGAAUGGGGUCUGGGGCCCUUCAGCGUGCGCAGGUCGUCAGAGGUCGUCAGAGGUCGCGGGGGCGGUGACCUCAACAUCUGCUAACAAAUAAACACUAAUAUACCCAUAGUACAACUGAGAACGUGCUGCAGUGUGUGAGAGUUGAAUUCUGUAAACAAGGUAUUUUAUGUGUAAAGGAUGAGGUCUGGUAAGCGUUGCGUAGUGGACCUGCCAUAUUUUUUACAUGACUUGAAACUUGACUGGGAUGGAAUUCCAAUAGCUCUCUAAUUAAUGUUAUAAACUUUGGUACCUGGUUAUUAGAUGAUUUUUCUUGCCAGACUUUUCCUUGCCCCCCCCCCCCCUCUAAAAACUGGAAUUACACUUAAAUCUAAUAGAACAUAGAAUGUAAAAUGUCUUCAGAAUCCAACAUCCAGAUCGAAGUUGUCACAGAUUGAACAUUCCAGUUAAAACCACUGAAAGCUCCCCCCCCACACAAGGGACAAGGUGGGGCAGUUAGUAUGAGUGACAGAACUGGGGGCUUUCCCAAAAAAAAAGUAGCCAUGCCCCCCCACCCCCCCACCGCCCAUUGAAAAAAACCGAAGGAUUUAUACUGUAUGACAGAUCAGAGAGACUAAAGUUAUGCCAUCACUCAUUUUAAGUGCUAGGAAUCCAACUUUUACUGUAGACACAAACAUGUGUACAUAGAGACGUAUGUAUAUACAUACCUAAACAUUUAUAUAUAAUGAAAAUUUAUAUAUAAAGAAAAAUCUGGAUAUAGCUAUAUAUAUAGAGAGGGGUGGAGUUAUUUUGUUCUUGAAUUAAGCUUUUGCUAUGCUUCUGAUUGUGAGCUCAAUAGCUGUAACAAGGAAACGACAACACAAUCUACAUAUCCGGCUGUCAAAAACUUCAGGAAUGAUGCUCUUGCUCACUUGGGCAUCUGGAGAGCUUUUGAGAGUGGAAGCCUGUUAUCUGUGCACUGUCACGUGUGUGUGUGUGUGUGUGUGUGUGUGUGCGUGCGUGCGUGCGUGCGUGCGUGCGUGCGUGCGUGCGUGCGUGCGUGCGUGCGUGCGUGCCGCUUUCACUCUUUACCUCUGGCUUAUUCCUAACCAGGGACCUGUGUCCUCACCAACCAAAACACAGCCCUCAGGCUCCGCCCCUGGCGUGCGAUUGGGUGUUGUGGGUUGUAGCAGGUCUCUGGUUGGUCGUCAAUGUCUCGCAAGAAACUACAGCUGCUCACUGCUGCCUUUUUUUUUUUUUUAAUAGCUGAAAUAGAUGCGUCAGUAAGCGAUUCCAAUAGGUUAUGGAUGCAAAGGACUUCUGUAUGCCUUCACGCAAACCUUUCCCUGAUUGGCUUGAAAAGCCAACUCUUUUCCUUAUGUAUAUACAGAGCAAUAAUGCUGGACCCAGCCAGAACAGACAGGGACUUAUCUGAAUCAUGCCUAGAGCUUAAAAGACAAUUUAAGAUCAAAGUGCAAUUAUGCUAUUUGUAUAUGGACCUCAGAGGGGGAGAAAGACUUCCCCCUUGCCCUUCCCCAAGUGGAUCGGUCACUUAUCUCAGUCUCCCACGUUUCUAUUGAUCAGGGUCAAUUUAUUGCUGUUUUUCCUGUUUCCUGAAGAGGGCAGCAUUUCUUUUUUAAAUUAUGCUUCAGGCUGGCUUUUUCGCAUGCAGUGUAGGUAAUGCCGAUGAAUUACUUGAAUGACAUCUAGCAUAGCAAAGUGAUGCGUUUGUGUCAAUGAAGUCAGUUGUGGAUGUGGUGAAGAUUAUGGUUGGUUAAGGCUGUCUGUAGGCGACCGUGUAGCUAUUCUCGGUUAGAUGAACGUGAAGAGGAGCGACUGCGUACAUAUCCUUCGAGAGAAACUUGAUUAAUAUGGUUAUUCUUAGGGCAUAUUUACAGAUUUGUGCUGAGUUGUGAAAGGACGGUUGUUAGUUUUUUGCAGAGUGUUCCUUGAGAGAUGAUAUGAAGUGUUCUGUUCAUUCACUCGCGUCUGAUUCUCCCUCUGGUGAGCCCCGUGAGGAGGUUGUCGUGAAAUCCCAAGCUGAAUGAGUCAAGUUGUGCAAAGCUGCAAAUAUGGUGAACUAGGCACAGUUCCAGAUACAGGAGUUCACCGUUCCUGCUGUCGGGAUGAUUAGCGACAUUUACUAUGGUCCCUAAAAGCCAUUUCUCUGUAUGAAUCAGAUGGGAAGGAGCAGCCUUCUUAUGAAGUAAAAGGAGAUAGCCCUUCUCUCAGUAAUUCUAAAUUCAAAGACUUAUGACAGUGCGUCAAUAUAAUAGGCAAGGUUCAAUAUAGUUAAAUGUUGCUAAUGUGUUGCUAAUGCAGUGUCACUUGGUUAAAUGUCAGAAACCCUCCAACCUCUUAAGUCACACUUAAAAAAAUACACAGAUAGUCCCCAGCUCACCUACUUCAGUGUUUCUCUACCUGGUCCUCACGGAUCCCCAGACAGUCCGGCAGAGAACUGGGAGGGAGAAAAAAUUGUGGACUGUCUGGCAGGGAGGAAAAAUGUGGUCUGUCUGGCAGGGAGCUGGGACGGAGCGAAAAUGUGGACUGUCCGGUAGGGAGCAAAAAUGUGGACUGUCUGGCAGGGAGCAAAAAUGUGGACUGUCUGGCAGGGAGCUGGGAGGGAGCGAAAAUGUGGACUAUCCGGUAGGGAGCGAAAAUGUGGACUGUCUGGCAGUCCCCAAGGACUGGGUUGAGAAACACUAAUCUUUUCAUCGCCCUGCCACAACACCCCCAUUGCAUGUAAACUGCUAUUUAAUAAUCCAGGGAUUCCGGAUUUUGUUAGCAUUUUGGUGCCGGACUGAUGAAUGUAAUAAAAUGGGAGGUAAAUUUACCUCAUAAACCAUUGAAAUUGCUGGAGUACGCUAAACUAUGUUGUUAGUCUUUGGGAGUGUCUUGGUAACAGCUCCCCCUGGGCACAGAAUGAGGUAAUCACUUUGCUCUUUGUCCCUAACCCUGCCCAAAAUCCCGCCCUACGGGGCCAUAUCCUUGUUUUUUGCUUACCCAAUCACAUGUGUUACCUUAACACGGUGUGUGCAGUGAGACCUACAGGAAUCCUUAACAGAAUGUCGAAACAGAAACUAUUAAACAUCACAUUUUUAAUGA